CUGACCUUCAAGCUGAAAGUUAGACGUGCCCUGACGUGCCUCGCCAAUGCCAGCUAAUGUCUCGCCUUGUUUCGCCUGCUUGUUCGCUGGCUCGAUCUUGGCUCGAUCUCGCCUUGCAUGACAGAUUUACUGUAGACAAGAUUGCCCCUUUUUUGUCGCCUAGUAUCCGAGCACAUUUAAUCAAUUUUAAAGUGUGGUCUUGGUAGAAAAGCGAUGCCUUGCUGGCAUUUUGCCUCAGUAUUUAUAGUCUUCAGCGUUAGCCUGUUCCGAGUCAGUCGUGGCCUUGCCUACAUUCCUUGUUUUACCCUCAUUCCUCAAUCGUUAUCAAGGACUGCUGCAGAGCCAAUCGACGAGCCUUUCAUCUAUCAAAUGGAGGCUCUGGAGCGGCGUGUGGCUGUAGACAGCGUAACCUCUGAGAAAUAUUUGCGAGUAGCAUCCAUCUCCAUUGCAUUUUACGAGUAUAUUCUUACACUCCCCGCAGAAUGGCGCUUUUACCGAAGCCAAUCGUCAAUUUUUCAUAUAAGUCUUGCCUGCGCCUUAUUCAUUCUCAUACGCUAUGUUAGUAUUAUGGCUAUAGUAAUCAGCAAUUACGGAUUCUUCUCCACCGCCUAUACCCUACCAACGUGUCAAAACUACUAUCUUGUGGCGCCUGCCUUCAAAGCUAUACAAACUAUGAUAUCGCAGGCCAUCCUAGGUAUCAGAACAUUCAAUAUUGCAAGGAGAGAUAGGCGGAUAGGAAUCGCACUAUUGCUGCUAUACCUCUUUUCAAUUUCGGCGGAGUGGUUCUCCGAUCUAUUUCACCGGACUCCUGUUGUUGUUGAUGUACGUCACUGCACCUCGGCAGAUGCUGGCAAAGUAUUGUCGACUUGGUUCUACUACCUCGCUGUGAUGGUGUAUGACAUCGUGAUGGUGACCAUGUCUACCGUGUAUCUUCUGCGUUAUGAUCCUCUCAGUAGCAGAGUAGAACGGCUAAUACGGGUCCUAAUCUACGACGGCAUCGGAUAUUUCAUCGUGUUGUCCGCGGCAAAUAUAUUGAAUCUGAUCCUCUAUCAUACGACCAAUAUCGAGACUCAGUCGGCAGGGGCAUCAAUAGGUUAUGCUGUAACGUGGAUCAUGAGCCAACGGAUUCUCAUCAAUAUACGAGGAAUGUUAGAGCCAGACGCCCAACGCUUGGAAAACGUGAUCGUCGCACGUCCCACACUCACUGCGCAGAAAAAAGUGAUGUCCGGUCUUCGUUCCCAGUUCGAGUCCAAGAGCCACUCCAAAGGCUCUGGCAGUGCCAGAAGCCCCAUCGAUGCAGAGUUCAGGCCCAAGUCGCCUCGCAAUUCCAACGACAUGGAACUCGAUAUACGUGUACGUGUCGAACGCUCGGUGGUGGUAGAUUACGUGGACCAAUCUGAGCAUUCGAGCUCAUGGGUAAAAUGAAUUUGAGGCACUGGCGCCUAACAAGCAUAACAAAAGAAGGAAUGGCUAUUUACCACGGGAUACUAUUCAACAUGCGAUAUUAACGUAUAUAUACCACCCGAUUCUACUAUGGAAAUCUCAGGGAUU